GUCAGUGUGGCAACCGAUUUACGUGUGGACAGUUGGACACUGACGUGAACAAUUAUUCGCCAAUUAUAUCAGCCGUCUCCAAUGACUCAUUCCGACGGACCGCAGAAGCAUUCGUGAUGCUGUGUAAUGUAGAAGUGAGAAGUGUGUGCAUACGAAACUAGACAAAAUAAUGAUAUUCUUGCGAGGUAACUUCUAGAAAAAUAAAUUUUUUGCGAUUAAUGACUUUUAAGUAUUUAAUUUGAUCGACUACACGAACGUGACCGUCAUUUUAAAUUAUCUGCUUGACCUACGUAUUUUUCCACAACGGUAGAAGUGGGUAAAGAGAAGUAAAUAGCACACUAUUCGGAUAUUCGCUUAGUCUUAAACAGAAAGCCAAACAGUAGUGGACAAGCGUUUCGUGAACAGUGUUGGUAUCAGUUACAAAGCCCUCAUGUGACAAUGUGAAGAUCGCUGGCAGGUUAACUCUCGAUAAUACUUUCAACGGUAAUCGUUUGCAAUAAGUCACAUUGAUCGCUCUCGUGAAUAAUGACAGAAAACAAGAAAAAUGAUACUAAAGGACAAGCUCCUGAUGGUGGCUAUGGCUGGUUUGUGUGUCUUGGAAGCAGUUUAAUCACGCUCUCUUUGCGAUCCCUGGAUCCAUCCUUCGGCCUUCUUUUCAAAGAUCUGUUGACGGAUCUGAAUGUUGACUCUACAGGGGCAUCGAUUAUAAUGAGCGUCUUAGAUGCCAUCGUCAAUUUCUCAGGUUUUUUAAUCGGUCCAUUACUAAAAAGGUUUUCUUACCGACAAAUCGCACUUUUUGGUUCCUUACUGAGCUGCAGUGGUUUAAUAAUUACGUCGCAAGCGAAUAGCAUGCUAUAUAUUAUUUGCAGCUACAGUGUAUUAGGAGGUAUAGGUACUGGCCUUGCCAUGGCUUGCGGCUUCGUCGCACUAAAUACGUUUUUCAACAAAAAACGCGGACAAGCAGUGGGCUUUUCCAUGGCGGGAACCGCAUUAGGAAUGAUGCUCGUACCAUUGUUGAUACAUAUGUUGCUGGACAUAUACGGAUUUCGCGGUACAACGCUUAUAGCCGGAGGAUGGGCACUACAUUCUGUGGUGGGAGCAUGUUUGUUACGUCCCCUUAAAGAACAGCCACCAUCGAUACCGCCGCCAGUAAAAAAAAAGCCCAAUGGAGAACGAGAGAGUGAAGCUUUAUUAAUGAAACCGAAUCCUACUGAAGCACGAAGGAUGUCAAAUGGAUCGAUGUGGACUGAGAAUCAAAAUGUGGAAAACGGAUCGAUCCCAUCUGAAAAGAAGGAAUCGUUCUUACAAAAGAUAAAAGCGACUUUUGAUUUGGAUCUUUUUAAAAAUCCCACGUACUUAAAUGUCGUUUUAGGAUGCAGCUUCUUUUAUGUCGCUGAGUCAAACUUCAAAUUGAUGAAUCCUUUCUUUCUCUCAGAUAUCGGCAUGACGAAAGCACAGGUGGCCUUUUGUCUGUCCUUGACUGCAUUUACCGACAUCCUCGCUAGGCUAUUGCUACCGACGUUAUUCGACAAAUUUGGAUGGAAAAAGAGGAUAAUUUUUUGGAUUUCUUGUCUCCUCGUUGGAAUCACACGCUCCAUAUUGGCGGAACAAUCAGAAAAGACAUUAUUGAUUGCCAUACUUGUAGUAGCUGGAUUUUUGCGUGGCGCCGCAUUAGUGAAUUUAAAUCUCUGCAUAUCCGAGUGUUGUACUUUGAAGAAGCUACCAAGUGCAUUUGGAAUAUUUAUGGUUUUUAAGGGUUUAUGCGUAGUCAUCAUGAGUCCUUUGAUCGGAUAUAUCAGAGAUGUCAGCAAUAGUUACAAGAUUUGUAUUCACGUGAUGACCGCCUUGAUGCUUGUCACAUUUCUUAUAUGGAGCAUUGAAUUUUUACAUGCCAUCUUGUGUAGACAAUUUGCCAUAGUUAAGAAAUUACAAAAACACGUAGUAGAAUAAUAUUUUUAAUUUAAUUUAGUAAUCGCGUAAAAUAAUCUAAUGUAUUUUAUCAAGCAUGUCAUUUUUUUACAAUUUUAGUAUAGUACGAGUACUGACCAAAUACAUCAUUCACUUUUAAAAAAAUAAUUUUUUUUGAUUAAUAAAUUUUGUAAUAUUCUCGUAAUUAGUGAACUAAGAAUUGUAAAACGACCGUCAGACACGCGUAAAAAUUGGUGUCACAUGAUUGUUUUCCUGUUUAAAAAAUCCUCGUAUAUUGUCUCAAAGUACAUUCUCAAUGAUUUCGUAAUUUGUAAUCUUUCCAAUGCACUGAUAUCUUAUCUACUGUAGAUGCAAUUUUGUAUUUUUACAAGUGCAACAAACUCAUUUUUCUUCUGUUUACUCAUUAAACUUCCUUGUCAAAUCAAUUAUCAUUUUGUACACAGAUAAAAAAAAUCUGAUCACUGUUUUCUUAUAAGAAAUUAUGCGAACAGAUUAUCAAGAGGUUGAAUAAGUUUGAUGAUUGCUUUUUAUUCACAUUUUUGUAAUCUAUAUUUAAUUUUCUAUUUAUUUAUGCUUUUCUAAAAAAAAUUAUUUUUACACGGAAGAACCACCUUUGAUAAUAAUGACAAAAAAAUUUAUCAAAUAAAAUGAUAAUGCUGCGAAAAGUUAUGAUAUUCCAAGCAAUACAUUUAAGCGUGAUAUGAAUAAAAUAAAUUAUUAUUUAUGAA